ACAAAUAUAUAAAAAUUCUUUUUGCAUGUGUAAUCAUCAUCUUUAGAAUUGGUUCAAGUUUGUUGAUUUUAUUGUAGAACUAAACAUACAUAAAAAUUUUUUGAACAGUGGACUUUAUUACAGAAGAAAAGUUACUAAUUAGGUUUUAGUCAUUAUGAAGCAAAAAAUCACUUGUUGGAUUCUUGUGUCAUUGUUUUUGAUUUUUACGCAAGUUAUAAUUACUUGCUUAGCUGAUACAGAUUGCCAAGGUUAUUCUGGAUGUGGCAAAUAUGCAAGUUGUAGUAACAGUUCAUCUGGUUACAUUACAUGUACAUGUCCAUCUGGUAACUUUAACAAAGACAGUAAUUCAUCUGUGUGUGAUGAUAUCAAUGAAUGCUUUGUGUAUACUGCAGGCACUCUAUGCCCUCCAAGAACUCAAUGUUUAAAUACAAUUGGGAGUUAUUUGUGUGGAUGUCUUCCUGGUUAUAGUAUGGUUGGUAAUCUAACAAAUGCAACUACUUGUAUUGAUAUUGAUGAAUGCAGUAACACUAAUAUAUGCCCUACUAACUCUUCAUGUAGAAAUACAAUUGGCUCAUAUGUAUGCACUUGCAAUUCAGGCUUUUAUAAUAUUGGAAUUUAUGGCAACACAGUUUGUGAAGUUCUAGAUCCUUGCUCAAAAGCUACCCUAAAUAAUUGCAACAAAGAUACACAAGAUUGCAUUUCAAAUGGUCAGAACUUUACAUGUACCUGUAAAAAGGGUUACCAAGCAAUUAGUGGUGGACUGUGUUCAGAUAUAAAUGAGUGUACUGUUUAUCCACCAACGCAUAUUAAUUACCCAUGUGACCGUAAUCCUGCUAUACAAUAUUACUUUUAUGGUGGUCAUACAUGUAUUAAUAGUCCUGGAUCUUACUAUUGCAUUUGUCCGCCUGGCUAUCGAUUGGAUGUACCAACAAAAACUUGUAAAGCAAUAAAUUACUGUGCUGAUGGAAAUUUUACAUGUUCAAAAAAAUCUACAUGCACAUAUGAAAACAUACCUGGUCGGUAUAAGUGUUAUUGCAAUUCUAAUUAUUUAAAUGGAGAUGAGUUGAUCUCACCCUGCAUAGAUUUGGAUGAAUGUGCUCUUAAAAAAGACAAUUGUGAUCGUGUCAAUGGUUUUUGCAACAACACUGAUGGUUCUUUUUCAUGUGGUUGCAACCAAGGUUUUUACCAAGAUCCAAGUUCUUUAAAAUGCAUAGACAUAGAUGAAUGUUUUAAUGGCAAAGCUUGUGACUUGCGUUACAGCAUUUGUAUCAACACAGUUGGUUCUUUUACAUGCAAUUGCAAACCUGGUUAUGAAAAAAUUCCCAACACAUUGAGUCCAACUUGUAGAGAUGUUAAUGAAUGUUGUCCAGUUAACAAUUGCUACAGUGAUAGUAGCGUGGUGGCAACUUGUACAAAUUCAGUAGGCUCAUUUGGCUGUAAAUGUCCUCCUGGUUUUUGGGGAAACGGCUAUCCUUUAAAUGUAACACUGCCUUAUAAUGGAACAGGGUGUAAUGAUAUUGAUGAAUGCUUCAACAGUCCUUGUUUGGAUACCCAACAAUGUAUAAACACUCCUGGAUCUUUUAUGUGCUUGUGUAAACCUGGUUUCUAUUUAGAAAAAAAGUUAAAGUUAUGCCUCGAUAAAAAUGAAUGUCAUACGAAAAACAUCUGUGGAGACACUACUUGUGUAAACACUGUGGGAUCUUAUGUGUGUGAAUGCCCUGAAAGUAGCAUUGGAAUCAACCUCAAUGGAGUUAUUAAAUGUCAAGAUUAUUUGUCUUGGUCAUCUGAACAAAUGUUAGUUGGUGGUAAAAAAGCUGCAACAAUAACUGUUUUAAAGAAAACUUUCACCAUUAACUUUAAAGUGAAAAUAAGUUCUUAUUUUAAUGGAAACAUCAUUAAAAUUACAGAUAAUAGUGGUAAUUACAUUGAUGUUUCUGUGAAAGGUUCAAAUAUGUUGUUUUAUGUAUUUGGCAAUCAAGCAAUGGCUAAUAUAACUUUGAAUCAAUGGCUUUCUGUUGCAAUUUCUCAAUUCAAUGGAAGUUUCUAUAUCUCUUUUAAUCAAUUCAAUGUGGCCAAGUUUGACUCAACAUUCAAUGGUCCAAAUGACUAUGCAAAUAUGAACAUAAUAAUGUCUGAUCCAGCUGCAAAUGGAUCUAUCAGUGAACUGAAAAUUGCCAAUGGAGAUGCAUCAAUCUGGGGCAAAUGGCAAAUGCAAUCUCGUUGUCAGCCAGAAUGUGGUAACGGGACUGCUACAUUUGUUCGAACUUGUAACUCUCCUGCAUGCUUAUUUAUGAAUCAAAGUAAAACUGAGUUUUGUUUCAUUAUGAAUUGUAACCAAGGUUUUCCUGUUUUAAAAGAUGGCAGCUGCAAUGGCUUUGUUGAUUUUAAGAAUAACUUAGAUUUUACGUUAUUUUAUCAAACUUUCAAACUUGUUGACGUUCAGAUGAUUCUGGAAUACGUGAAAAAAUUUUCAGCUGUACAAUUGCCAUUCGUUUGUAACGACACAUUCAACCGAAAUAUUUUGGAUGACAUUAACGCAGCCUACAAUUAUUCUGCCGAUGGUUUAUCGAGCCUUUUGAAUGUUAAAAACAUCUUGCGUAAUUAUAUUAGCUGCCAACCUAAUGUUUUGAAAAAUCUACCUGGUUCCAGUCUUAUAAUGGCUAUGUUUGAGAAAUACGAUAACAUAGUGGAGCGUUAUUUUGCAGUCUCAAAUCUUUUUACUGUUAUUAAGAAUAAACAGAGAGAAGUAAAACAAAAAGUUGAUAUGUGCAGCAAACAAGGUUUGGUUAAUAUUUUGCACGACAAUGCCAAUGCUAACAAAUAUAAUAAUAUAAUGUUGUCAAGUUCAUGAUGAUGCGUUAUGGCGACUGCAGUUUUUUCAUUCAAUAUGAUUUCAUUUUGUUGUUUUGAUGUUGCACUUAUUCUUUUAAUGUUUUGAUAUGCUGAGUUUUUUAUUGUGAUCUUGUUUUUCGUGUUGGAUACGCAAACUAAUGCAACCAGAAGGUAGCUCAAUACUCGAUACACGAAUAUAAUUUUUUUACUAUGUGUUUGCAAACGACUUGGUUUUCAUAAAAGCCUAAUUUGAAAAAAAAAAACA